AUGGCAAACCGUCGAAAGAAAGCAUUUGGAGGGGAUUCCAGCAGUGAUAGUGAUGGAAGUGAAGAUGAGUUACAUGGAUAUUUGCAUAAAAAGGCGCUCAAAUCUCAAAAAACCUUGCAAAAUGUAGGGGCAUUCAAUUUUGAUAACGACAUGGAUUCAUGUGCACCGGUAAAAACUCAACCACCCAAGCAAUCCAGAUUCAUAGGCAAUAUUCUAGCUUCAAAAAAGCAGCGAGAAUUAGAUAGACUUUAUUCUGAGUCUGUCAGAAAUACAUUCUCGAAUGGAAUACAAGAGCAUGUCAAAAAUGCAGGAGAUGUAUACGUUACCGGCGCUUAUCAAGAAAAGAAGAGACAAAUAGAAGAAGCAGAGAAAAUAGCGCUUGCUGAACAAGGUCGUGAAUUUGCAGAAACGAACUUGAAUGCUUUCAGAUAUAAUGCCCGCAUUUUAAAUGAUGCCUCGGAAAAGCACGACCAGAGCCUUUCAAACGUUGGAGAUGCUGCUCAGUCGACGGAUGCUGUACGAGAAAAAGAGAAGAAGCUCAAAUCUUACAAAAAUGAUAUAUACAUCUCACCUAACAUCUCCUCAAAACCCAGCGGUCAAAAGGCACGAAAAAUGGCUAAACAAGCUGCUCCAGUGGAAGUUGUUCAGAAGUUUUUAGCAAGUAGCGUUACCGCAUGCGAAUUAAAACUACUUAGAGAAGAAUAUUUUGCAAGGGUCAGCUGCUCUAACUUAAGCUGCUAA